AGGUAAUGUUCACUCUUUCGGCGGUCGUCUUCUGUGCCUUCGUCGCUCAAACUGUUUCCCAUUCAUUAUCAAAUGGUAACUACAAGCGGUUUGAGUACCUUGGUUUGCCAAUUGCACGAUACACUGGCGGCAAUGAAGGACUACGAGAAAAUCUAGCGCGACUGAACGAGGCUCUAAGACAGAAGCGUUUCGAGGGAGCUCAAGACUACAGUGAAAUCGAAGACCCUUACACAAAACGAACCAGCCUCAAACGACUCGCCAUUCUGAGUGCUAGAGGUUUUGGAAAGAAAUGAUGAAAAAAAUAAAUCUUGUUUCUUCUUCACUCUGGAACUCUUAAUAAUCCCUUUUUGUGAAGAUCUCGUAGAAUCUGUCAGUAAAUGUUGCCUGGUCUGUGUUUUUAUUGUUUAUCAGUGCAGAGUUGUCGUAACUGGUGGUAAAUAUUGUUUGUUGAU